AUGACGAAAAAACCCCAAAAGAUAUAUCUGUUGGGAGGAGCUGGUGACCUGACCGGGGAUGCUAUGGGCUAUGUGACAGGCGUGCUGGCUGUGCUGAUACACGCUGCCUACCUGGUGCUCAUUCAGAAGACCAGUGUAGAUAGUGAAUACGGACCCCUGACAGCUCAGUAUGCCAUCGCUGUUUCGGCCACCCCUUUUCUCAUCAUCUGCUCCUUUGCCAGCAUGGAUUCCAUCAACGUGUGGUCUUUCCCGGGGUGGAAGGACCCUGCCAUGGUAUGCAUCUUUAUCGCUUGUGUCCUGAUUAGCUGUGCCAUGAACUUUACCACCCUUCAUUGCACUUACAUUAACUCGGCUGUGACCACCAGCUUCGUAGGGGUGGUGAAGAGCAUAGCAACCAUCACAGUGGGCAUGGUGGCGUUCAAUGAUGUGGAGCCCACAAAGUUAUUCAUAGCUGGUGUUGUGGUCAACACCUUGGGGUCUGUCAUUUACUGUGUGGCCAAGUACAUUGAGACCAGACGGCAGAGCAAUUACGAGGACCUGGAGAAAGAAGCUAGAGAAGAGGAGGGGAAAAGGCAGGCUGGGGACCAAGCACUGUUUGCGAUGGAGGCAAUUUCCCAGGAGAAGGGGGCUGAGGAAGCAGCAGUGGAAGGAUCAGCCGCGGGGGACAGCCAGAGCAGAGAUGAAAAGAAGGAUGGCACUGAGAAACCUGCCAAGGGACCAGUGGUCCAGGGAAAAGCCACCGGCACACAAGAAGUGAACAGGAGCUCGCUGAAGGAUGCCUAUCUUGGAGUAUGGAGGUUGGUGAGGGGUGCUAAUUAUAUAAAGAAGGAUUACUUGAUAGAAAAUGAAGAGCUACCAAACCCUUAG